AUAAAACUUAAUUUUCUAUAAUAACGAUUAAAUUUAUUGUUGUCUAUAUUUGGUUAUAAACUCAAGUUUUAAUUCAAGAUGGCGGAUAUCAUGUGAUUGGAUCGUCGGUAAAACAGUACAGCAUGUGAUAUUUUACGACAAAGGUACCGAUGCUAGCUCAGGAUCAGCAGGAAUGCAGCCCGAACGAGAUGUUCAAACAAGAGGAAGACACGGAACAGCUGCUCAUCGCGAAUCGUUUGCACGUGCCGACCGUGGAGAAUACGGAGAUAAUCAUCACCGAUGGUAUCGUGCAGUGCGAUCUCUGCGGAGACGGUUUCGUUUCCGAGCAUGCUCUGGCGCUGCAUUUAAAAGUUCACGAACAGGAACAGGAGGUGCAGGUUCAAGAUGACCAGUUUGUAUGCGAGCACUGCGGUUGCAGUUUCGCGAAGAUGUCCACGUUUAAGGAGCAUCAAGCAGAGCACGAAACUAACGAGAGUUACGUUUGCGAGACGUGCGACUAUGUUAUGGAUGAUAAAGAGAGUUUGAUAGCUCAUCAGAAGCAGCACAAUAUAGAGUACGAGUGCGAGAUUUGCGGCGCCAGUUUCGAUUCUUCGGCCGGUUACGAGGAACACCAGGCAGUGCACUCGGACGAAAAACCGUUUCAAUGCGAGAUAUGCCACGCUCCGUUUCGCUAUCGUCAAGGUUUGAGAUUGCACGCGAAGCUGCACCAACCUGAUUACGUCCCACCACAGAGGAAGCAUCACUGCGAGCUCUGCAAUAAACGUUUUUCGAGAAAGCAGGUGUUGCUGGUCCACAUGAAGACCCACGGAAACGUGGGACCCCAGAACGAAUACAUUUGCCCCGUUUGCGGCAAGGCUGUGUCCAGUAAGACUUACUUGACCGUGCAUUUACGAAAGCAUACAGGUGAGAAACCACACGUUUGCGAUCUCUGCGGCAAAGGAUUUAUCUCUCAGAAUUAUCUGAGCGUGCAUCGGCGCACGCAUACAGGUGAAAGACCCCAUAAGUGCACCCACUGCGAGAAACGAUUCACCCAACGUACCACCCUGGUGGUGCACCUCAGAGGUCAUACCGGCGAUCGACCGUAUCCUUGCACAUGUUGUCAUAAAUCUUUUGCCUCGAAAACGAUGUUAAACUCACACUUAAAGACUCACGCUAAACAGAGUGCGCGACAGCAGCAGGAGCAACAGCAACAGCAACAGUUGAAACAGGAACAAGAGGUCCAGCAUCAAGAGCAGUCUCUUGAUACGAUAACUAUAUUGUUACCUAGUUAGGAUAUUUCGUAUGAUUAACGAAUUAAUUAUUCUGAAACGAUUACAAGGCCUUGUAAAAGAGUUUAUCCACUUGUAAGGAGAAAGUUACUUAUGGUUACUAUGCUUAUAUAGUAUGGUGGGGUGGUAUUUGUAUUAUUUAUGAUCGAAAGAGGGAUAGAUAUUUUAAUCAGUCGUGAUUGUAAUAUGAAUGGUUGUUUAUUUUUAUACAAUGAUGAAAUUGUAAUAGAGGAACAAUUAAGAUGUUGAGAAAAAUAAUUCGUGUUAGUGUUUGAAGCAUUUAUUACGCACAUAUAUAGUUGAUGAUGAAUCACUGUUCACAUUCUUGAUAUUCAUUGAAUGAAUUGAAACAUAAUUCUUGAAUAAUGACCAUGUUUCAAGUUUAACUUUUAAUGAGAUGAGGAUGACACAAUGUGCUAUAAGAGUUCCUCGCUAACAUGUUCGAAAUAAUGUACGUUUGUAUGUAUGUCUCAAGCUCAAUGCUGUUUUAUUGCAUCUUGGCCAUAGGUAGUUAGGUAUUGGAUAUCGAAAUUGGUCAACUUGUAAGGCAAAAUGAAAGACAGUGAUGCUCGAGAUCAUUUGUUAGAUAGAUUGGCUAGAAGAUGAUCAAUUUGCAGGGCUGAAAACAUUGGCCAGGAUGCAAAGCAUUCCUGUAGUAAUUUUCGACUAUUCUUUUUUAUAUUUGCAUUUAAUCUUUUUAUACUACGAUUGAUUUUGCAUAAUUAUUAUGCAAAAUUUAAGACGAAUUCCAUUUUAUUAACACAUUCAAACGAAGUUAAUUGUAAGUUAACUGUCUCCUUUUCCUUUUGUAACUUUAACAUACAAAUAGAAAUACGAAAAUUGUAAAUCUGCAUAUAAUAGUUCUUACCGAUGUUCACAUCUUCUUGUAAAAUUUCACGUUUUAUACUUCAUUCUCGCGCAAGCGUUGAGAGAAAUUUUUUAUGUAGAAUUUUAUAGAACAACCGUCCACGCUUCGAUAGGUUUUAUAUUUUUCCUGAAUACUCAAUCUUAUUUUAUACGCACAUACAUUGAUUUACCACUUCUUCGUAAAUAUUAUACAUGUAUAAAGUUAUUACAUAGAAUUUUGCAAGAGGUGCUUUAAAUUAGUGAUCGAUAAAUAUACGAUAGUGCCUUAGUUGUUAUGCGGUAUAAUUUCCGCGAAAAAAAAAAGGAAAAAAAGAAAAAAGAAAAAUAUAUAUUUAAGAUAUCCGAAUUAACGAAUUAACGUUAUAAAAGCUGAAAAUUAUGAAUUGAAAAAAUGAUAUUGAUAGAUCCAUUGAUAUAAUUCAUUGUUUCGAUUUGAAAGAUUAAAUAUUGUCUACGCUUUUAAUAAAUGCAAAUUGAGCGUAAAAACAAUCACAUUAUUACAAAUUAUUAUAAAUUAAUAGGAUUUAUUAUAAACUUAUAUGAUGAAAUGGUACUUCAAUUUGUGAUAAUAACUUUUUUCGUUAAGUGUACGAAAUAAUUAUGAUAUAUAUAUUAAUUAUUCUUAAGAAACAAUUUCUUCUAAUUAAACGUUAUAUUGUUUCAUGACAAUUUUUCUUAAUUUAUAAUGUAAGUAUAGAUACUUUAGUGAACGUCUUAUUUAUCGCAGCUUUUCCUUUAUGUUACCUUUAUAUAUUUGGUAUAGAGAAAGGGGAAAACAUUUUCUUUCGUUUUUUUUUUUUUUUUUUUUUNUUUUUUUUUUUUUUUUUUACCUAUUGUCAUAACCAAUAAUUGUAGUGUGAUAUGUCACUUAGAGAAUUAAAUGUAGAUAGUAUUACAGUUAUAAUAUCCGUAACAUUUUAAGAUUUGCAUUUUUAUCGAUAAAACGAAUGAAAGUUGACUUAAAUUUAUAGUUAUCUAAUUCCUUAUGUAUGCAAUAGAUUUUGUAUAUAAAUCAGGAAUAUCGUGUGUGAAUCGAAUGAAUGUAUGAUAUCGCUAAUCUAUUUCAAUUAUUUCUACUCUAUCCAAUCAUUGUUUAUUAUCCCAGAUCAGAUAGUCAAUAGUCUUCUUUUGUAAGCAAAUUCAU